UCUAUCGAACCACCACGCAGACAGCUUCACUGCUCUGCACUCGUCUAGUCCGCCUCAUUUCUCUGACCGAUGCCGCCGAAAGUCAAACGCUCUCGCUCGCCAACCCCUGUUGGCGUCGCCGCUGAAGGGCUGUCACCUCAUAAAGACAAAAAGCUUAAACUGCUCGCUUCGCACACAAUAUCCUCUCCGUUUCCUGACUUUACUCACCCGACACCCGCGGAGGCUGCGCAGGUGCACGAUGUGCUUGCGUCAGCACAUUCAAAUAUAGCGCCUGCUCGCUCAGCACCCAUGGAUGCUAACGACUCCGCUGGUACCUGUGGGAAGGUGCCGGACGUGCUCGAGUCGCUCAUAGGUACCAUUCUCAGCCAGAACACGACGUCAAGAACUCGACCGCCGCUAAGCACGGGCUUGAUCGCAAGACGUCGUCGAUGCCAUCCGCACUGGCGGGCUCGCGAACAAGAAGGCGGGGGUCAUCCAGAAGAUCCUGCAGGAAGUGAAGAAAGGCACGGGAUCUACUCGCUCCAGCAUCUCGCAGGAGUACUUGACCCUGGCGCCAAGGGCAAGGCGAAGGCGAGCGGAGAUAGUGUGUCGGACGAAGAAGCGAUGAAGGAGCUUGUGUCUUAUGACGGCGUCGGCCCGAAGACAGCAUCCUGCGUACUCCUGUUCUGCCUCGGCAGGUCGUCAUUUCCGGUUGACACUCACGUCUUCCGACUGUCCAAGUGUUGGGCUGGGUACCCAGCAAGGCGGACAGAAUCACGGCCCAAGCGCAUCUCGACCUGAAGAUACCGAACGGACUGAAGUACGGGUUGCAUGUCCUCAUGGUCGGGCAUGGUCGGCGGUGUUUGGGAUGCAAAGGUGGGAAUCGAGGGAAGGGUGAAUGCGUCCUCAAGAAUUGGUUGAAAGAGCACACGGGCGUGAAGGAUGAGGAGCUCGACGAAUUGGUUUUGAAGGCAGAGGAGGCCGAUUGACUAGUGAAAUGUCGGCCACGAAUACUUCAAAACAGACUUUAUCCUUUCAUUAAUCCUCCGUGUUGCCUACUUUUGUCGUGCCGGCAUACAGCCUCCAGCCUCCUGAGACCUAUUCGAUGUGGAUCUGCUGUGAAUCGUGUCAGCGUAUGCAGUGAUCAUCAUGCACACGGGCCCCUCACA